AUGUGUAGAAGCCGGGGCAGCCAUGCUGAGCCCGAAGAUGCAGCGGACCGUGCGGGUGAACGAGGCCCAGCUGCUGAUGCUCUCGGACCGGGCCAAGUUCGACAACUCCUACCAGGGGUCGCUCCACAAGAGGACCGCCGACUCCAACAAGUGGCAGCUCAGAACUUGCUGUUCUAUUACGACUCAGAGAGCUGCGCCCGGCCAUCUGGGGUGGUGAUGCUAGAAGGGUGCUACUGCGAGAGGCUAAUCUCACCGCCCUCCAAGAACAAGGACGCCCCCGAAAAACAGAACCCAACUUUCAAGAUUUUUUACCUUUCCCAUCUCCUUGAGGUGGUCAUCGAGGGUCGAUUUGCUGAGGUUAAGUUUCUCUGCAAGUUCUCGAACAGUUUCUUCUCUCAAAGCCAGCAGAACAUCGUCAUCAAGAGAGGAAGUCCUUCCAAAACCUCCUUUAUCUUCAAGACUGAAGUCCUCCGAACUUUUUUGAUCCACGGUUGGACAGUGAGCUCAUUAAUGCCAUUCUUACCACAGCGUUGA